UUCUGAUAAGGCCUUACAACAACUCUAUCGGCUCUGUCCUGACCUUAAUGAUCAAAGUGUAUGGUUUUUUCUAACGCUUAAAAAAUCUGCUGAAGGUCGUAUUUUAUAUGAAAAAUCAGAAAAGUGUGCAUAUGUGUACGAUGUGAUUACACAAAAACGAUUUUCUUCUUUUUCAGCUUGGAUUAAAGCACUCAAUGGCAAACACUUUUUUAAAGGAAAAAAAUCAGCAUUAGCUACUAUAUUUUUGAAAUCUAAUUGCAAUGAAGCAAAUAUUGGACAAAUUAUUAACAGAGAAAACUAUACUUCUUACUUUAAAAGUACUGAAAUUAUCACCUUACCCUCUAUCAAGGAUAUUUUAACAACAAUGAUACGUGACGAUGCAGAAUUUGCGAGCAUAACUUUAGUAGAAAGCGAAGGAUUUCU